GGUCCCUUCUCUUCGAUGGAGAUGAUGAAUUGCAGUGGAAUCGGAGGAUUCGGAGGAGUGGAUGGAGAUCGGAGGAUUCGGAGGAGUGGAUGGAGAUGAGAGGCGAUGGAGAAGGAAUCGGAGAAGAGGCAAAGGCAAAAGAGGCAGAGGGGAGGGGCUGAGAGGCGAUGGAGGUGAUGGAGAAGGAAUCAGAGAAGAGGCAAAGGCAAAGGCAAAGGGGAGGGGUUGAGAGGCGAUGGAGAACAAAUCGGAGUAGAGGCAAAGGCAAAAGGGGCAGGGGCAAAGGCAAAGGGGAGGGGCGGCAAAGGGGAGGGUUGAGAGGCGAUGGAGAAAGAAUCCGAGAAGAGGCAAAGGCAAAAGGGGCAAGGGCAAAGGCAAAGGAGAGGGGGCUGAGAUUAAUAAAACGGCAUCGUUUGG